UCCUACAUUCCAUGGCACUGGGUGGCGGUAUAUUCUGUUGCGUUCCCUGCAUUACCAAGAAAGUCGUAGGCCAUUUCCUUCGCAGUUUAACAAGUAGGUUACAUGACAAUGGCGGCCGCCUUGAGAGGAAGCCUUCUAACAUUGGUCAAGGGCCUCGCUGCGGGUCCCAAGUGGCAGCAGCUGCCCACCCGUACCUUAAGUGUCACCACAGGACUGUUUGGACCCGAGGCUCCCCCUGCACGCGCCGACUCCACCUUCAAGGUUACCAUGGUCCCCGGAGAUGGUGUGGGACCUGAGCUUAUGACUGCUGUCAAGGAUGUUUUCAAGGCAGCUGACGUCCCUGUAGAGUUUGAGGAGUUCCACCUGAGCGAGGUCCAGAACAUGGCCAGCGAGGAGAAGCUUGAUCAGGUGCUGGCGUCAAUGAAAACCAACAGGGUGGCCAUGAAAGGAAAGAUUCACACUCCAAUGGAGUUCAAGGGAGAGCUGGCCUCCUAUGAAAUGAGACUGAGGCGUAAACUGGACCUUUUUGCAAACGUGGUACAUGUGAACAGCCUGCCGGGUUACAGCACGCGCCACAACAACCUUGACCUGGUCAUCAUCCGUGAACAGACAGAAGGAGAGUACAGCUCUCUGGAGCAUGAGAGUGUUACUGGUGUCAUUGAGUGUCUGAAAAUCAUCACCAGAGUAAAGUCUCGUCGCAUUGCCAAGUUUGCGUUCGACUACGCCACCAAGAAAGGACGCAGCAAAGUCACAGCUGUACACAAGGCCAACAUCAUGAAAUUAGCAGAUGGCCUCUUCCUGCAGUGCUGUGCCGAGGUGGCUGAGUUGUAUCCCAAAAUCAAAUACGAGAACAUCAUCAUCGAUAACUGCUGCAUGCAGCUGGUCCAAAACCCUUACCAGUUUGAUGUGCUGGUCAUGCCCAAUCUCUACGGCAACAUCAUUGAUAACCUAGCGGCGGGCCUGGUGGGUGGAGCUGGCGUGGUGCCAGGGGAGAGCUACAGCGCUGAAUAUGCCGUCUUCGAGACUGGGGCAAGGCAUCCCUUCGCUCAGGCAGUUGGCAGGAACAUUGCCAACCCCACUGCCAUGCUCCUCAGCGCCGCCAACAUGCUCAAGCACCUCAACCUGGAAUACCACUCUCACAUGGUGUCUGAUGCUGUCAAGAGGGUCAUUAAGCAGGGCAAGGUACGGACACGAGACCUUGGUGGUUACUGCAUGACUGGGGACUUUGUGCGUGCUGUUGUGGACAACCUGCGGCACCGACCCAGUUCCUAAAAAGCCUCAUCAGGGCAGCUGUUUAGCAGAUCUCAAACUUGCCCCUUUGCACAGGGCCAGAACCAAAGCACUGUCGUUUCUGCUUAUCUCUGUUUGUUUCUCUGAAAUUGUAGGCGCUCUUUUAACAACUUCCUUGUGACUCUCACUCAAAAUUUCUAUUUACAAUUGUGCUUUUCUACAACAUUCUUGCACCCUCUCUGCAUUAGCACAUUUUCUCUUGCUGCUCUCCUUGGCCCUAUGGUAUCGUUCUUUUUCCCCAUGCGGGUUAGGGUUGGUGUUCAUCUCUGGCCUGUCUUAAUUGAGUCUUAAUUUCACCUGUCUUGGCUCAACUUUUUUCUAUACUUGAGACCUCUCUGGUCUCUGUGCCAUGUUUCCUUUCCUUCUACUUUGUUUUGAUCUUUUACUAGAAAGUAAAAGAUACCUCUAGUCGCUUUUCUUUAGUCGAGUGCCUGUUUUCUUUUUUUGCUGCCGAUAUAUUCGUUUCACUGAAAAAGUCAAGUAUCUUAAGUCUUUCUAAGCAGUCAAGAUGACUUUCUCAAAGUUCACAAUUUCACAUUUCACAAUCAUGGACAAAGAGGAAGUGUAUUCCCUUCUACAGGGGAAAAGUGGAACCCACUUGGACUUGGAAAAGGAAAAACAAGGACCACUGAACGUGUUGGCGUGUCCACUCAUAUCAGAUACACCAUCAUUGAAUCACUAUACAUUGUCAUGGACAGAAAUGUUACACUGGUUUGUGAAGUGUUAGAUAUUGUAUAUCUGAUCAAUAAACCCGACAUCGAGCCAAGUUGAUCAGCUGUUUAAAGUGUGGCAGUAUCUUUAUCGCUGUCUUUGAUUGGCAAUAUCUCAUCCUCAACACUGUCGUCAUUCUCAGCCUUGGAAUGCAUGAAUGAAAUCUCAGUGGGUUUUGUGGUUCUGUGCGGGCUGUAAAAUGUACAAAAAACAGGAGGGAAACAUUAGUAGUACAAUGGUGACAACCAUUUUCAUGAGAUCCAUGGCUUUUGGUGUUUCCUUCUAAGGAAUAUGCUGCUGUAACACCCAAAUCCAUAAUGAUAAUUCUGAGAUUGUCAGAUAUGUCCAUGUGUUUUAUGUAUAUGCCAACUUUUGGUUCCAUUGUCCAGGCCUGUGUUUUAUCAGCGCAAAUGCUGAUAAUGUGUGUAUUAAUUAGAAAGGGGUUAGCCUAUGAAACAAACUGAUCCUUAAGCAGCACUUGUUGAGACACCUCUUGGGCUCAGUGUUGCAAGAGCCGAUUGAAUGCAUGCCAACUGAAUGCAUACCAAUGUGGUCACAUGCCUAAUAAAUGAUGAUGAGGAGGAGUUGUGUGUUGGUGUUCCUCAGAGGAUGGUGUGUGUCUGUGUGGUACUAAAUGUGUGGACAAUACUUUGAAAGCAGUGCUAAAAUAGAUUAACAACCAACAAAUCUAUAAUAUUGGACUUUGUGUGCAAUGGCUAAAUUCAAGGCUCUAACAUGCUGAAUCAGUGGCCCAUGUGUGAUGGUUUGAUCCACUGUGUGAGUAAGGCAGAUGCUGAUGUGCGAGUG